AUGUAUCACGGGAUCGCUGGCUUCGUUGCCUUAAGCUUUGUCUUACGCACCGGGGCGCUCCAGAACGCGUCAAGUAUAUCCAAUGUCGAUCCACUUCAACAGCCUUACCCAUACUACUUCCCGCCCCAACAUGCUGAAGGCACUCCAGCCUUGUUUCCCAUGCCCAAGUGUCAGGGCAUCACGCUUGAGGAAGCGACUAUAGAUCAGCUAUCUGGUCAUAUGCGCGACGGGACGCUCACUUCUGUGCAACUGCUGCGUUGCUGUCUGCGGCGUGUUCGACAAGUGGACGAGUACACAAAUUCCAUCAUCGAGCUCAAUCCGGACGCAGAGGACAUCGCUGUUGCGCUAGAUGCCGAACGAACGGCUGGCUAUGUGCGCGGACCGCUGCACGGCAUACCUUUCAUCAUCAAAGACAACAUCGCAACGAAAGACCAAAUGGAGACAACAGCAGGAAGCUGGAUGCUGUUGGGAAACGUUGUGCCAAGAGACGCCCAUGUGGUCGCAAAGCUGCGACAGGCAGGCGCUCUUCUGAUGGGCAAAGCAACUCUGUCAGAGUGGGCUGACAUGCGAUCGAACAACUACUCUGAGGGCUACUCACCAAGAGGGGGUCAAGCGAGAAGCCCAUACAAUCUCACACUGAAUCCUGGUGGAAGCAGCUCGGGCAGUGCAGCAGCCGUGGCAGCGAAUAUCGCCCCGUUUGCGUUAGGCACAGAGACCGACGGUAGUGUCAUCAAUCCUGCGGAGAGGAAUGCACUGGUAGGAAUUAAGCCAACCGUCGGUUUGACAUCGCGAGCUGGUGUCGUGCCUGAAAGCAUUCACCAGGAUACCGUGGGCACGUUUGGUCGAACAGUCCGCGACGCCGCAUAUGCUUUCGAUGCGAUACAUGGCAUCGAUCCACGCGACAACUACACCUCUGCCCAACAAGGCAAAACUCCCCCUGGAGGGUAUAUGCAGUAUUUGACCAACAAAGCGGCGCUUCAAAACGCUACGUUUGGCAUACCAUGGGAGAGCUUCUGGGUCUAUGCCGACGAAGAACAACAAACACAGCUCAUGUCCAUCAUCUCCGCAAUCGAGGCUGCAGGAGCCACGAUCGUUAACAAUACCGAAAUACCCAGUCGAGAGCAAACCAUAUCACCCAAUGGCUGGAACUGGGACUUCGGAACGACGCGCGGAUAUCCCAACGAAUCCGAAUACACAGUAGUCAAAGUAGACUUCUACAACAACAUCAAAGCCUACCUCUCGGAGCUUGAAAACACCGAAAUCCGCUCUCUGGAAGACAUCGUAGCGUACAACUACGCAAACGACGGCACAGAAGGCGGACACCCCUGGCCACGGGGAAUCCCAGCGUUCUACUCUGGCCAGGACGGCUUCCUCGCCUCGCUGGACACAAAGGGCAUCAUGGACGAGACGUACUACCAAGCCCUCGCGUUCACACAACGGAGCACACGUAAAGACGGCAUCGAUGCCGCACUUGCGAACAGCGGACGGCCUGUCGACGCGUUGCUUGUUCCUCCAGAUGUGGGCCAGACGUACCAGCUGGCGGCACAGGCCGGGUAUCCCGUGGUUACGAUCCCGGCCGGCGCGCAUUCGAGCACUGGCAUGCCGUUUGGACUGGCGCUGAUGGGCACCGCGUGGAGCGAGGGCACGCUGCUGAAGUGGGCGAGCGCGAUUGAGGACUUGCAGCUUAGUACCGAGGGUCUGCCGAAGAGGACGCUGCCGAACUGGUAUGGGUAUUUGGAAAGGAACAUACCCGUUCGGAAUCUGUGA